UCAGCAUCAGCAUCAGCACCAGAAUCAGCAGCAUCAGCACCAGAGCCACAAUGGGAGGAUCCUGGGCCGUAUCAUGUGGCCUAUCCACGAAACUACAAGUUUAUCAUGGAUGACACGCCGGUGUGCAAGAACACCACUCCUUUCCUGGUCCUGAUGGUUCCGGUCGCACCCGGUGACGUGGCAGCUCGGGACACCAUCCGGAAGACGUGGGGAAAUGAGAAACUGGUUCUGGGUCAGCUGAUUGAGACUCUCUUCAUACUGGGCCGACCGGGGGGAGCUGAUGCUGAGCAGCAGCAGGAGAAACUCAAACAGGAGAACCUGCAGCAUCAUGAUCUGAUCCAGAGUAACUUCCUGGACAGCUACCGCAAUCUGACCAUCAAGACAAUGGUGAUGCUGGAGUGGCUGGCUGUGCACUGUGCCGAGGCUUCCUAUGUCAUAAAGAUUGACUCCGAUAUGUUACUGCAUGUCCCGAAUUUGGUUAAACUGUUGCUGGAUCCCAAAACGGCCAAACAAAACUACAUGACAGGUUGUGUGUGGUGGAACAGCCCGGUUUUGAGAAACCCCUUCAACAAGUUCUACAUGCCAACAAACGUGAUUGCUGAGCCACAGUACCCUCCAUAUCCUCUGGGCAUGGCCUACGUCAUGUCCCUGGACCUGCCUGCCAAGAUACUGGGAGUUGCUCCUAAGAUUAAACCGAUCUUCAUAGAAGAUGCCUACCUGGGUAUGUGCCUAAAACUUCUGGGCAUUUCCCCCACCAACCCUCCUGAAAAUACUAUGUUCAUUGUCGACCCUACGCAUCCUCUGAGCAGCUGCAGCCUUUCAAAAGUGAUCGCUGUGACAACGACAAGCAUCUCACAGAUGACGAGUUACUGGGAGAGGAGCAGACUGCCAGAAGCUAAAUGUUGA